AUGACUGUCAGCAAAAGUGUACUCACAGUGCCUUCUUCUUUGCCCCAGGUGUCUGAGUCUGUACCACUCUGCUCCUGUCUACCCCACUACCUGCUACCUACAAGGAAAGUCAUCACACUUCAUAAGCAGAAGAACCAGUACUGUACGCUUCAGGGAAAUCCUCGGGCCCAAAGAGAGGCACAGAGCCUGAUGAGUUUCCAGGUCCCCAUAGUCAAAGAGGAGGAGGCCACUGGAAAGACCUCCUCCUUUUCAACUAUCUCAACCACUCAGAGGCAGAAGCCUACUGGUGGAAUACCAGGUUCUCCCCAGAGUCCCCAGAGAGCCUCUUCUCCCACAACUACCAUAGCCUCCAUUCCGAUGGAGGUUUCUGACGACCAAAUAAGGAACCUGGAUGAUUUCCUUCCCAUGUUCCAAGAGGCACUAAGACGCAAGGUGCAUGACUUGGUGCAGUUCCUGCUCUACAAGUAUCGGAGCAAGGAGCUGACCACCAAGGCAGAAAUGCUAGCGAUGGUCAUCAGAGAUUAUAUGUGGUAUUACCCUGUGAUUUUUAAAGAAGCUUCUGACAGCUUGACACUGAUCUUUGGCAUUAACAUGGUGGAAGUGGACCACCUUAUCCACUCCUAUGUCCUUGUCAGAGCCUUAGGGAUCACCUAUGAUGGGCUGCUGCAUGAUGUUCAAGGCAUGCCCAAGACAGGCCUCCUUAUCACCAUGCUAGGUAUCAUCUACUUGAAAGGUGAGCAUGUCAGGGAGGAGGAAAUCUGGGAAGUGCUAAGUAUGAUGAGAAUAUAUCCCGAACAAAAUCAUUGUGUCACUGGGAAUCCCAGGAUGCUCUUCACUGAAAUUUUUGUACAGGAAGGAUACCUAGAGUACAGAGAGAUACCCUACACUAACCCUGUUCAGCAUGAGUUCCUAUGGGGCCCAAGGGCCUUUGCUGAAACUAGUAGGGAGAUAAUUUUGGAGUUUUUGGCCAAGAUCACUGGGCUCCUCUAA